CUCUUAAAAAAAAAGCAAAUUUAUUUAAAUUUAAAAAAAAAAAAUAUUUCAUUUUUUUACAUUUCAAGAACAUUAAGCAAAAAAAAAAAAAACACACGCACGUACAAAAUACGUACAUACAAACGUACUGCAUACGCUUAUCAGCUAAGAUAAAUCACUUCUACGUUUCACGAAAAACUCAUAAUUUUUCUUUAAACGCAAAGCAUACAAAUAGUUUGCGGCAUUUUUUAUCCAGUCGUUCAGAAGAACUUACUGACUCUCUGCAAAAGAGAAAAAUUCAUCCCUGUUUGUAAAGCUUUCCAUAGCAGCGGCAGUUGGGCCCCCUCCCUCAACGGCGAAAAUAAAACAAAAUGAAAAUCCCAAAUAACCCCGGAGCUGGCGAAAACGCCCUCGAGCCAAUCUACAUAAAGGACGACGAUGGAUACGACAUUGACACAUUUUUAAUCCCAGAUCACUACAAGAACUACAUCACGAAGGUGCUAAUCCCCAAUGGAGUUUUAAAAAACCGAAUAGAGAAAUUGGCAUUUGACAUCAAACAAGUUUACAGGAAUGAAGAAUUUCACGUUAUCUGCCUACUGAAAGGAUCCAGGGGGUUCUUCAGUGCGCUGUUGAAAUAUUUGAAUAGGAUUCACAACUACAGCUCGACUGAAUCCCCAAAGCAUUUAUAUGUGGAGCACUACGUACGUGUUAAGUCGUAUUGUAAUGACCAGUCCUUAGACCGCAUCGAAAUUGUUAGCGAAGAUUUAUCCUGCCUAAAGGAUAAACACGUUUUAAUUGUUGAAGAUAUUAUUGACACUGGAAAAACCUUGUUAAAGUUUUGUGAAUAUUUAAAAAAAUUUGAGGUGAAAACUAUUGCCAUUACCUGUCUGUUUAUUAAGAGAACUCCUCUUUGGAACGGCUUUAAGGCUGACUUUGUUGGUUUUUCAAUUCCAGAUGCCUUCGUCGUUGGCUACAGCUUAGAUUACAAUGAAAAAUUUCGAGACCUGGACCAUUUGUGCUUGGUGAAUGACGAAGGUAUAAAGAAAUUCAGGACCGCCCCUCCCACUGCUUGAGUGACGUUUGUAGGAAGGAAUAAGGAAUAACGCGUGGUGCGGAGGAGACCGUGUGGGAAUUUUUGGCACAGCCCUUCGGAUACGCGGUUCACACGCUACUGUUACCUACCGCUGUCACGCGCACUCCUCCAACCUUUAUGGCGAAACAUAUGUCAACUUAGGAUGUGUAAUGGGGAAAUAUUGAGUGCCUCUUUUUCUUCCCACUCCUUUUUCCCCCCCUCCAUCCUUUUUUUUAACGAGUCGUAUAUCUCACAAAUGGCAGAAGUGCAGCAUCAUUAUAAAUUCACCCCCAAAAAAAAAAAAAAAAAAAAAAAUUGACAAAAAAGGGGGUACAUGAAAGUGGUACUUUGUUCCACGUAAAAUUAAAAUUGGCUUUCCAAACUGAUGCGAACGUUUCAUUGGCAGAGAUGUUCGCGUCGCAAAUGUGUCUGCUGGCUUUUAACAAAAAACGUUGCACGCAUAUUCUUGCUUUCAUUUUUACUGUCAUUUAUACGUUCAUUUAUGCUGUCAUUUAUACGUUCAUUUAUGCUGUCAUUUAUACGUUCAUUUAUGCUGUCAUUUAUGCUGUCAUUUUUAUUUUCCCACGAGUUCAUCAGCUCCAUGCGAGCUGCGUGUGUGCCUUUUCAUUUUACAUAUGCCCCCCGCGCGAAAGGAAAAAAAUGCACAAGUAUGCAAGUGCACAUAUAUGUGCCAUAUGCAUACCCACGCAAGUGCAUCCUUUCGCGCAAGCGCAUCCUUCCACAUAAGCGUGGCAGGCGAACCGUGAACCUGCUCACCUGUGGAAGGAGAAGAAAUGAAAAAAACGCCUUUUAAUUUAUACUUCCCACGUUUUUCAUUCCAUGACGUAUGCUCUAUUUAUUUUGCCCCUUCCACCUGCAUGGCUCUUUCCCGCGCCCAACUUUUAAAACGCACGUGAGUUAGACAGCCACAAAUUUAAGCUUUAUGUGCAGCGAAGAGCACCGUUU